AUGUCCACACGGAUCCCUCACCUCCUGGAGCCGUACCUCCACCUGCCAGAAUCGUCCUUGACUCUCCUGACGUCUGUUCUCGGCGCGACAACCAACUGGCUGCUCCUCCGCUACCUCGCGCACCACCUCACGAGGAGCUCCGGCGGCGACGACCAAGAUGACCGCGGCGAGGAGGGCAUGACGAGCGGUAGCGGAAGUGAGAAGCCAGGUAGAACGGUGGUGCUCCCCACAUGCCGGGAGGCGCAUCCUGCGCUCCGCCAAGCUUGCCGACGUGCGCUCGGGCUUGAACGCGCCGUCGCUGACGCUCAAUCCAAGUCUCCUUCCGGCGCAGCGCAGAGGGAGACAAUUCUGAUCUUGGAUCAGGUUGACUGUUAUCUGGCCCUGACGAGCUCCCAGAACACGCCUGUCCAGGUGCUAGAUCUUCUCGCCUCAUUGCGCGAGCGCUCACACGCCUCUCUUGUCCUCUCCACCGCGCAUGAGGCCCGCGCCGUAAUAUCUCUUCGGACACUUGAUACAGGGACGGCAAAGGACGUCAGCGGCGUGCUAAGGAUUGGGAGGGGCGGGGCCUAUGAGGACGGCGCCACGGCGGGCGACGAGGACGAGGCGUACGAGGUGGAGGCGCACGAAUACCUUUACUUUGUAGCCCAAGAUGGCGGGCUCAAGAUUUUCGAGAGAGGUCAAUGA